UCACCAAAUGAACGAAAUCAAUCCUUACUUUUUCCUAAAUUUAUAAGGGCUCAGUAUGAAGCAAGUUCCUUUUUGCCAGUAUCAAAAAUGGCGGAAGUAAACAAAUUUGCCACACAUCGUACCUGUGAUUUAGACAUCUAGCGCCUUCGGCGCUUCUAUAUCAUUGGUUAAUUCGCAGUAACCCUAUCAAUCUCGAUGCAACGUGCAGAUAGAGACGUUGCUGCAAAAGAAGGCACCACGAUCAGAUCAGAUGAUGAGGAAACAAGACUGAUCGCGAGGUUGGCUGAUCGCGACAGUUUAAUGGAACCCUCCUCUUGUAAAACAUACUAUGAAGAUUGAUUUCAAUUGUACUCUGCUCACUGAUACAUGACUGAUUUUUGAAAGGAAGUCGCCUUCUGACGAAGUUCAGGUCCUUGCGUGUUUGAACGUAAACAAAUGCUUUAACGGAAAUCAUACAAUGCUAUUAUUAGUUGACGCUAAGAAACAAACGUGAAUCCUUCUACAGAUUGGCAAUACAUGGACUUGUUUCCUUGAUCCUUUAUGUUUACAGUGGGAUCAGGACAGGUGAACACUAGGGAUUAUCCAACAUCUCAACAAUUUUCGCUUCUUUCAACGAGUGCAAAGAGGUGGUUAGGCACGAAAUUUGCGUCGACAAAACACGAUUUAGAGCCACGUGAGAACUGAUCAACACAACACAACUGAUGAGUUGCAAGUGAGGAUGCACGUCGUAAUGCAAGCGGCAAGAGCGCUAACUGUCAUAACAGCUCUUUUUGUUCAGUUUGAACGGUCGUCUGCGAACAGUGAAUGCAAGGAGGAGAGUACUGAUAGCUUUAAAUUCCUGGAAAAAAGCAAGACAAUCCAUGGAUACCUGGUUGUUUAUGAAAACGACAUCAUUAGAAUAAAUUGCAGUACAAGUGAGAAAGGGGCUAGUGUCAAGCUAUAUGUGUCCAGUUCAUGGUCAGGAAGAAAGGAAAUUCAAUUUUCACUACUCUUCAACGCCAGCUUGAGAAUUGACAAAGACUCCUACACAUUUUCAACACAUUUAGAGCAGGAUUCAUCCAGUCUACAAUGCGAGGCGAGAAUUGCUGAUAGUGUCAUUUGUGUAAAACGUGGUAUUUUAAUGGUAAACCAAGGCCAACGAAAAGUACCGGUUUCACUGGAUCCGAACAUAACAGAGAAAACAUUAGAACUAGGGGAUGACUUUGAGAUCAAAUGUCAAGCAUAUGGUCAUGGGACAUCUGGUCAUUCAUAUAUCAAGUGGUACCGACAGAAUUCGACAGGAAAGUUCCUUGUGGAUGCAACUAUGGUACAACGAAGGAGCAAAGGAGGAGUGGACAUUGAGGUUUUAGUGCUUAAGAAUGUCACAAAUGGUGUCCAAGGUGCUUAUAUUUGCGAAAGGAAAACAACGGGUCAGGCAACUGAAGCGAGAUUCAAGGUUAUAUAUAAAGAACCCGAGAGACCAGAAGUAUCACUAAGUACAAACCUUACAGUUCUGAAACUACUGGAGUUUCAAGGCACGGCAUUUUUCCAAUGUUCGGUCGUUCGUGGAUCACCUAAACCAACUGUUGCCUGGUAUCACAAUGGUUUAAUCCAUAAAACAUGCGAUAAAUCUGCUAGAUGUAUACUGAAUAUCACUAGACCAAAAUUUCCAAAUGACGAAGGAAGUUUCUCUUGUAUCGCAUCAAAUUUGAAAGGACUUGGUAGUAAAAGUGUUGUAUUGACAGUUACAGUUCCACCACUAAUACAUAAACCUAUGGCUAAAGAGGAGGAAAGCGUUAAGGUGGGAGACGUCAACAAAGAUGCUGAGUUACAAUGCAUUGUCAGCAGAUCAAAUCCCUUACCAACAUUCAUUUGGUUUAAACGAGUUGGAAAUAAAUGGACAAGUAAAUUCGAAAGAAUUAAUGUCAUUCCCAAUCAAAAUAAGCCAUCUAAUUUCAGCAAGCUGGUGAUACCGUCAUCCAAAGUGACGUCAUUCUUUAGCUGCCAAGCAACGAAUGUUGCAGGCUCUGACGUGAAAAAUAUUACGCUGCACUGGAAGGGUGGAUCACUGCCAACAAGCUCUGGCUCGAAAACUGACAUGAUUUUGGUGUCUGUCCUUAGCUGCUGCAUGAUCGUAAUUUUGCUGAUUCUAUUUUUUACCUACCUAUACAAACGACGCCUUGAAAAAAAAUAUGGUCUCUAUUUGCAACCAAAUCUCCACUUUGAGUUCGACUCGAACUUCUCCUUGCAAGAACAAUCGCAUCGACUGCCGUAUGACCCAAAAUGGGAGUUUCCACGAGACAAGCUGAUGAUGCUACAGCCCAUUGGCCAUGGUGCGUUUGGUGAGGUCUGGCUCGCUAAGGCCCAAGGCAUCUUAGAGUUCAAAGCUGAAGCGAGCAGCAUGUCACCCACAAAAAGAAAACGGUUUUCUCGAUUAUUUAGCAAUAAUUCUACAUACGACAAUGUGGAGAUGCUGAAGAAUUUAAGCCUGGCGAAAGUUGCAGUAAAGACUUUGAAAGAUGACGCAACUGAAUCAGAAUUCAAAGAUCUGGCCUCUGAGUUGAAAAUCCUUAUACAUAUCGGAGAACAUCAGAAUAUUGUCAAUUUACUGGGUGCUUGCACAGUGUCGGGAAGUCUUUGCGUUAUCCUAGAAUAUUGUCCGCAUGGAGACCUGUCGUCCUUCCUUCGUGGAAAAAGAGACGCAUUUGAACCAUCUUGGUUGCAAUCCGGCCCAAUUCAAAAUAUGUGCACAUACUUUGAUUUGGCUACGUUCACCUACCAGAUAUCUCGAGGAAUGGACUUUCUUGCUUCUAAGAAGUGCGUUCAUCGUGAUUUAGCUGCUCGCAAUGUCUUAGUAUCACAAGAUAUCAAUGAUGCCUUUAUUGUAAAAAUUGCUGAUUUUGGUAUGUCCCGAGAUGUGUAUCGUGAUGGGAUAUAUACAAAACAGUCCUGUGGUGUCUUGCCAUUGAAAUGGACGGCUCCUGAGUCGUUGGCCGACGCUGUCUACACUAGUCAAAGUGACGUAUGGUCUUAUGGCGUAGUGCUUUGGGAAAUAUUUACUUUAGGGGGGUCACCGUACCCUGGCGUGGCAACGGAUGAAUUUUUAAGCUACUUGAAAAGCAAAAAACGGAUGGAGCAACCAGAAAGCUGUCCAGAUGAAUUCUAUCAACUUAUGCUUGAUUGUUGGGAAGACAACCCGGAAAUGAGGCCAACAUUUUCAAAGAUUUAUCAAAGAAUUGGAGACAUUAUUGAAACAUUUGCAGAUGCGAAUGAAACGUAUUUACGUCUGGAGAAUGUCUCUUCUCCGCAAAAGAUGCAAGAUAGUAAUUCAGUGCAUUUUAAUGACGAUGUUUUUGAAAACAUUGCUAGUGCUGAAACGGUUGAAUCCUCUGUUCGCAGCCAGUGUACCAGUUACAGCAAAUCAGACAGUGAUUAUGAGAACUUGACCGUAUUAAAGAGGAGCGAUAUGGAGGACAUAAAGGAAGUGAUCCCAUCAGUUUAUGUACCAAUGUUAAAUGAACAACACAGUGAUGUUAAUGACAAUAUAGUAAAACAAAAUGGAGAAGUAAAGGAUCUCCUCUUAUGAUUUGAGGCUCCAUGCUGAAGAUUAAUAGAAGAUAUUUCAUCCACCCACCACAAAAACCAAAACAGAAGCUCGUUUAGAAAAAAGCAACAUUGCAUAUUUAAAUUUUAUUUAUUUUCUUGCUGUGCAAGUAGGUCAACUAUUAGUUCGAUGUAAAUAAUAAAACUGCUGGAUUGAAAAAAAUAUUAAAGAUGCAAAAUGGUCUUUGCAUGAAUAAAAAAAAUUGAUUUUCUGUUGAGAUUCUCUCGUCAUUUCAAAGGCAACAUUUUGAAAUGUUUGUCAAUGGAUAGUCAUUCUUUUACACCUUAAUAAUUUUACUGAAUGAUUGUGGAGAUUCGUUUUUGCAAAUUCCAAUUAAACCUCUUCCAAAGAAGCAAGCAGUACCUUUUUAUCUGCGUUGCUUGAUUCUCGAGAAAAAUUGUAGUCUUAAAUUCUUAAAAAUGAAGAAGCUACCAACCGCAUGCAUACCCAAUAAAUCCUUUUUUAACCAACCUGGGUGAUUUGCAAAAUAUUUGGCAAGCAACAAAAUUGGAGCUUGAACUUGCCUGGCAAAUCCCCCUUCGUUUCAGUAACUGAUUUUGUCUUGAUAAGAAUCAAACAAAAGUAUUCCGCAACUUCCUGGUGGUUUUCGAAGAAUCUUAGGAAUAUUUCUAAAGAAUAAAAAGGUUGCACAGAAAAUCGUUAUAUUGAGAGUUGCGAGCCAGCAGAAUUCAAGAUUUGUGCUACUCCUUUAAGAAAUAUGUGACCUCGAGCGACCGAUGAUUUUUCUCAAUGAUACACUGACGUCUUGGUCUCUGCAAGGUCAUCUCCAAGGCACUAUACAAGAGGCAAUUGACGUCACGAAGGGUAACCGGGAAGCAUUCAUAGCUUUUGGGAAUGCUAUAGGCAGCCUUUCCACUAGCCUGGGUUAAAACAUACCCGGGCUAAAAGUUAUCCGUUUUUAAAGUGAGUCAAUGGAAAAGACAUUUUUCUUCGCCCCGUUUUUAAUCCGUUUUUGAUCGUUCCCACUAAGCCGGGUUAAAACGUAUCCAGGGUGAAAAGUUGUAAGAGAAAUCAGUAUUUGCAUUAAUAAUUCUUCAAUUUCCAUCGUUGUAGGCCAAUGGAAGCAACAUCGACAUCGAAGAUUUUGUUUUUUUAUUUUUGGCGCCAUUUCAACUCUUAAACGUUGCUGUUGUUGCAAGUGGGUCGAAGUUAUCCAGGUUUCGGCGUUUCCAUUAACUCGCAGGUGAAUCAAAAGAUACCCGGGUAAAAACUGACCAACUUUGAGACCCGUUUUCAAACGUAUCCGUUUUUCAAGUGGGUUAGUGGGAACGCGACGUAGAAACGGAUAACUUUUAACCCGGAUAUGUUUUAACCCAGGCUAGUGGAAAGGCUGCCUUAGAAGGGCACGUAUUGUCACCAAGAAAUUCGAGAUUAAAAAUUUGACCUAAAAGGAGCACUUACUCCUCGUCAAAGGGCAUUAGCAAAAACUCGGGGAAAGCAGACCCUCCUCAGUCCCUGCGUCUCUUCACAUAUCCUGAGACUAUUCGAUAAACGAUUGAUAUGUUUUUUAUAUCGAGCUCAAACCCUUUGUACGUGAAGGCUGUUCCAUAACCUUCUCCAUGGAUUUUUGAUGGCUUAGAUAAACUCAUUCAUAGAUUACAGAGUCCAGAGUCAAUUGUCACUAACUCGUUACCAGCCGCUCCUUCUUGCGGACUGGUAAUCCUUUAUCCAAAUAUGGGUGCAAUAUUUGUCACGUUCACGUUCAUGGUCGUCUUCCGCCAUUUCCCCAUGUCAAGCUGACAAUUUUUCUGUGAACAUACUUGAGAUGUUUCAAAUGAUGAUCGACGGGUAGUUUACUUGAGCCAGAGGCAUAGGCUAAACUCAUAAAACACCCGCAGGUUGCUAUUGAAAUUUGCUCCAAAAAGUAGGUGAUCUAAACAUAUAAUAGUAGAAAUGGCUUUGAAAAAGCAAACAUAUGAGUAUACUGAAGCUUCUCGUCUGACACUCUUCAGAGUAUAAACCGUCGGAACAUAGACCAUAAAUUCAAGUGUUUGUUUUUUAAAGCCAUUUUAAGUUUUGUACCACCAAAAGAUUGUUAUAUAAUGGUACUAGAUCUGGAAGCGUUUUUUGUCUGUAAUGAAUCAACCAUUCCCAGUUUAAACUUUGUAAUGUUUUCUGGACGUGCCGUAGACCACAGUAAGGGUUGUCGGAGGGGACUAUGUUUAUUGGAGUGAAAAUGUUAUGAUCAGUAUUAUCUUUAAACCAAAGCUAUCAUAUUGGCUGCCUCUGAAAACUUAAUAAGAAAAUAAGGGACGCAAGCAGGGAAGCCAACACUGAUGGAAUGAGUAUAUCUUUUGGGAAAAAACCAAAAUUGUCAAACACUCCAUAUGUAUAUUUUUAUCUUGAAAUGUGGUAUUGUCGUGGGUCUGAAACUAAGCCACAGCGAGAUGUUUUGAAAAAUUAGCUUUUGGACUUGGCGGUAAUUAGCGGCUAAGGUAACUUUUUCAGUGAUUAAUUUUACUUGUCCUCGCAGCUUUCAUGGCAAUAUUUGAGUUAAUGUAUCUGCAACACAU